AUGGCUCGCAAUUGCAAGAAAGUAGCAAAGCCAAAGCUGGUUCCGAAUCCCCUUCACUUUGAACGCAUAGCCCGAGUCUUUGACGCUAUGGAAACACUACACCUAACUCUAGCUACGAGGACGAAACGAAAGCUGUUGGACGAAGUUUCAUUCUUCCUUACCUUACCACAAGAGCUGCGAGAUAUGGUGUACCAUGAGUUGUGGAAAGCGAGACCCCAAAAAUCGGAACAGCCUAGCCGGACCACUCGCUACCAGAAAUUUGACCAUUUCCUCUUCCACGGCCUGGGAAAGCAGCAUACGACGCUCAUCUACCCUAAGCACUACCCUAAUCAUCAGGGGCUCACCAGUAGCCCAAUGCCGGAUCUCAAAAGUCUUCAACUCCACAUCGACUGUUCCGACAUUACGGGCUUCACAAAACGUAAUACUCUGGAUCUGAGCUGUAUCGAUGCUACUGCUAUGAAUCUCGAGCGCUUUCGCAUGACCUUCCCUCUCACGAAGUAUCCUAGGCGUUCCCCUGAACUACGGCAUUUCUACGAAGUGGUGCGACCUAUUGUAGACAAGGAAGUGCUCCGUCUUGUUCGCGCCCUACUUGGAGCAGACCAUCAUCUGGAAAUUGAGGAGAAUCUACCCGCUAUUUUGCUGUCUGCUGAGAACGAAGUGAGUUGGGUGUGUACAAGCAGCGAAUUCUUCAUUACGUGGACGUUCGUAAGGAAGGAGGAGGAGGAGGAGGAGGAGGAGGAGGAGGAGGAGGCAUAA